AUGGGGUGGGGGCUGCGGGCGGGGGGCGGCGGCGGCCGCGCGUCCUGUGCGGUCCCGGCUGGAAACUUUGAUGCGGGGCUGAGUCAGGGGCGGCGGCGGCGGCACCUGCGGGAGCCCCCGCGCGUGGGGGGCCCACCCGCGGCGGUGGGGGGGGGGACGACAGCGGGGGGGGGGUCCCUCUGCUUCCCCCGUAUCCCCGAAAUCCCCCCCCCAAAACGCCGCACCGACCCCGCAAAGCGAACCCCGCCGCGUUCACACCUGGGCAACCCCACGCGUGCUUCCCCCCCCCCCCCCCGCCGCGGGCCCGCCGCCCCCACGCGUGUCCCAGGGGGGGCGCGGCCGCCGCGGGCGGGCAGGUGCGCCGGGGCCGUUUGCGGUUUGAGGCGCGGCCGCAGCUGCCCGUGGCCCGGGGCCACGCGGGUGGACGCGCCCGGUCCCGUGGGGUGUGGGGCGUGUGGGGCGCGCGGGGGUGCGGGGCAGGGGAUCCACCCGCGGACCCCCCCCCCCCCCCACGCACCGCGGAAUCGCCCCCGAGACCUCCCCACGGGGGUCGCCCGGUCGCCGUCCCCCCCACCACGCGUGUCCGCGGCCGGCACUUACGUGUCAUGGCGGGACGCGGGGGUCCUUCCGCGGGGUCCCCACGGGGCUCGGCGGGGGCCGGACCCACGCGGGAGCGCGGGGGGCGCGGGCGGGGGGCGGCGGGGGUCGCACUCGGCCCCGCCGGCGCCCACGGGCGCGCUCGAGGCCCCGCUCCCACGGGAGGGUCGCGCCGGCGGUGUCGCGGCAGGGUCACCGGCGGCGGCGGCGCGGCGCGGGGGGACACGCGCUCACCCACGCGGCGUGACCCGCUCACGGCCGCUCCCACGCGCCGCGACACGCCGCCGCCGCGGCCGCGCCGCCUCUGCCACACUCGCGGUCACACCGCCGCCGCUCUCCGUGGCACUCUCCCACGGCCACGCUGCCACUCGCCGUGUCCCCGCUGCCACCGGCGCGCUCGUGGGGACGGACGGGACGGGACACGCGCUCCCGCUGCCACCCGCGCUGCCACUCGCCGGGACGGUCCCCACGCGCCGGGAGGGUCCCCACGCGCCGGGACGGUCCCCACGCGCCGUGACACGCUCCCACUCCCACUCUCUCUCCCUCUCUCUCUCUCUCGCGCCCCCCCCCUCACACUUUGUCCCCUCCCCGCCGCGUCCCCCCCGUCACGGCCGCGUCCCCGGCGCCACCCGCGUGGGGCGUGUGUGGGGGGACCCUGGCGUGGGAGCGGCCGGGCCGAGUGUCCGCGUGUCCGGGUGUCCCCGCCAACGGCCCGGGGGGAGCGAAACCCCCCACGGCGGCCCCCGGACACGCGCGACCCCCCCGGGACCCCCCCCGGACGGCGAGGGACCCCCGCGCACCGGCUGCGGCGGCGCGGAGCGGCGGGGGGGGCGGGGGGGCGGCGGUGACCGGGGCCGGUGCCGCGGGGUCGGGGACCGGAGAGGGGCACCGGGGGCGCACCUGGGGCGGGGGGGCCGGGGCUCACCUGGAGCGGCGCCGAACCCGCACCGGGGGUACCGGGAGCGGAACCGAACCCGCACCGGGGGGUACCGGGAGCGGAACCGAACCCGCACCGGCGGUACCGGGAGCAGCACCGAACCCGCACCGCGGGUACCGGGAGCGGAACCGAACCCGCACCGGGAGUACCGGGAGCGAGGGGGGCACCGGGACCGAUCCCGAACCUGGAGCAAGCCGCACCUGGACCUGUCCCGCACCGGGACCGGGAGUACCGGGAGCGGGGUCACACCUGGACCGGGGAGUCCCGGCAUCGGCCCCGAACCUGGCCCGGGCCGUACGGGGAACGGCCCGGGUGGUACCGGGAGCGGCGCCGCACCUGGACCGGGUCAUCCCGGAGCCGGUCCCGAGAGGGGAUCGGCCCCGCCUCCGGAACCGGCACCGGAGCCCGAAUCCGCACCGGUACCGCGGGGGUCCCGGAGCCGUCCGGACCGCGCCGCUCCCGGCACCGGGGGGGACCCCGCGCUCCCGCACCUGAGCCGGGGCCGCACCUGCACCAGGUUGGACCGGACCGGGCCGGCACCGGGGGCACCCCGGCCCCGCACCGCGUCCCCCCCCCGCCGCUCCCCCUCGCGCGUGGCCGUGGGGACCCCCCCGGGCCCCCCCCGCUCUGACUCAGCCCCCCCCCCCCCGGGAUGUCUCACCGCGCCCCCCCCCCCCGGUUCGCCCCACGCGCGUCAGCACCGGGACCCCCCCGGAAACCCCGGGCGGCCGCAGGGCCCCCCCGGCCCCCCCCCCGGCCCCGCCGCGCUGCGUCAGCACCGGGACCCCCCCGGACCCCCGUCCCGCCCCCAAUUCCCGGGAAAACGCCCCCUGGAAAAGGGGAGCCCCCCCCGCGCUGUCCCGCGGGGCCCCCCCCGGGAGCGCCGGGGCGGCUUUGGGGGCCGGGGGGGGGACAAUCGGUGGCCACCGCGGUCGCCCCGGGUGGCCCCGGGGGGGGGGGGCCGGGCCGGGCCGUGCGUCAGGCGGUGA